AUGAACAUUGAACAAACUGAUUUACUUUUAGAAUACCAAAAACAAAUUUUAACUGAAAUAGUCGAAGAAGAUGGAUUAUUAGUGAUUAGCCGUGGUUUGGGAUUAAGAAUAAUAAUAUGUUCCUUACUGAAAAUUUACUCGCAAAGAAAGAAUUUGGUAAUUCUGUUAAAUACACCUUCAAAAGAAGAAUUGAGCAUUAAAGAAGAAUUAGCACAAAUUGGCAUUAGUAAACCUGGGCUCAGAAUUGUCAAUAAUGAAAUGAGCGCUAAAGAAAGAAUUCUUAUAGUUGAUCUUUUGACUAAGAAAAUCCCAACUCAUUUAAUAACCGGAAUAUUUGUUAACCAUGCUGAAAGAAUAAAUGUAACAUCUACUGAAGCAUUUAUACUAAGAAUAUUUAGGCAAGAAAAUAAAGAAGGAUUUAUCAAGGCAUUUUCAGAUUCACCAGAGACAUUUGUUUCAGGAUUUUCACCACUUCAAACAACAUUACAGUUACUUCAAUUAAGAAAAGCAUUUUUAUGGCCAAGAUUUCAUGUUUUGGUAAGGGAAUGUCUUGAAGAAAAAAAUUUUCAGGUGAUAGAAUUACAACAAUCACUAUCAGAAUCAAUGUUUGAUAUUCAAUCUGCAAUUCUAGAAUGUAUUGGAGCUUGCAUUUCCGAAGUUAGGAAAUCCACUUCUUCAAUUGAUUUUGAAGAAUUUACAAUCGAGAAUGCAUUAUUUAAGUCAUUUGACAUAAUAAUAAGACAACAACUUGAUCCAGUUUGGCAUAGAGUUAGCAUGAAAACUAAACAAUUAGUUAAUGAUCUUAAAACUUUAAGAAAACUAUUAACUUAUCUUGUAAGUUAUGAUUGCGUGAGUUUCAAUAUAUUCCUUGAAACAAUCUUAGCAAGUCAAGCACCAACUUCCUCAUUGGAUACUGAACAACAAUCUCCUUGGAUAUUCUUGGAUGCCGGCGAAACAAUAUUUUCUAUGGCAAAAAAACGUGUAUUUAUUCGUAAUAAGCCAACUUCAAAAAUUUCAGAAAAAACCAAUUCUGUAAUAGAAAUAACAGAGGAAUCAACAGAGGAGUCAACAACAACAACGACAAAAGAAUUAUUAGAACAAAUUAGAUUAUUGGAGAAUCCAGAGUUUCCACCGGGAAUUGAACCUAAUGGACGUGAGGGUUCUCAAUUAAAAGAGUAUUUAUCAACAAUGAAAAUAGGUUUAAAAAAUAAUCAGGGAAGAGGUGGUCCAUUAUUGAGAAGAUUAUUAAAGAAUUAUUUUAGAUGGAAAACUGAAAUUAGCAAAAUGAGGAAAACCGAUCCCCAAAAACGUUAUCAACGAGGUCUACAACCAUAUAAUAAGAGACGUCGUAUUCGUGGUGGUGCUAGUGGCGGCACAUCAUCAAGUAAUUUUAUAAGAAAUAAUAGUGCAGAUAUUAUCGAGGAAGAAGCAAGAGAAAUUGCACACUUGUAUGUAUCAAUUAAUGAAGAAGAGACAUUCUCAAAUCAUAAUAAUGAUGUGUUAAUGACUUCUUAUAUUGAUGUUGAUGAUGAGUUUGAUGCUAAAGCCUUUUCAAAAUAUUUUGGAUUAGUGCCACUAGAAUCAUUAAUUCUUAUCAGACCAAUUUUAGGUGAUGAUGAUGAUAAAAUGCUACAAGCAAUUAAACCUAGAUAUGUUAUAAUGUAUCAUCCAGACCAAGGAUUUAUUAGACGUUUAGAGGUUUUUAAAGCAAGAAAUCCGGAGCUUAGUUGUAAGGUGUACUUUAUGAUUUAUGAAAAUUCUGUUGAAGAACAAAGAUAUUUAAGUUCCAUAAGAAGAGAAAAGGAAGCUUUUGAAAAACUUAUUCGUGAAAAAUCGAUGAUGGUAAUACCAUUGGGACGAUCAAUACCGACUUCACGAAAUAUUAAUGAUUUACUAUCGUUGAAUUCUGUAAAUACUCGUAUAGCUGGUGGUGGUAACAUUGAUAAUAAUAGCUUGGUUAUAAUAGAUGUUCGAGAAUUUCGUUGUUCAUUACCAUCACUGCUUAAUGCACGUGGCAUAGAAGUAUUGCCAUGCACAUUACAAAUUGGUGAUUAUAUUUUAUCACCGAAUAUCUGUGUUGAAAGAAAAUCUAUUUCAGAUUUAUUUAGUUCUUUUAUUUCUGGAAGAUUGUAUACACAAUGUGAAGCUAUGGUGAUGUAUUAUAAAAAACCAAUAUUGUUGAUUGAAUUUGAAGAAAACAAAUCCUUUUCAUUACAAGCCUUAAGCGAUUUAAGAACAGAAAUUGGUAUGAAUGACAUUUCUUCAAAAUUGGCUUUACUAACAUUAACAUUCCCUCAAUUAAAAAUCAUUUGGUCAAGUAGUCCAUAUGCAACUGUUGAUAUAUUUGAAGAUUUAAAGCAAUUAGAGGAUGAACCAGAUCAAGAAAAGGCUCAAUCAAUUGGUUUAGAUGAUAACGAAGAAAUUAAUUCUAUUUAUAAUAUAUCUCCUCAAGAUUUUUUGAGGGCUUUACCGGGCAUAACUACUCGGAAUUAUAAAACAGUAAUGGCAAAGGUUCAUAAUUUAAAAGAAUUGAGUCAGAUGAGUUUAGUAGAACUGCAAGUCUUGAUAGGUAAAGAUAACGGAAAAACAUUAUAUGAAUUCUUUAAAAAAGAUGCAACCUUGAUAGAUUGA